AAAAUGAUCUUUUCUCUGCAUUGGAGAGGGGGUAUUUGUCCCAAAAACCGGAAAAUCAAAACAAAUUGUUUCUUUGUGGAAUUUUUGAGAAAAAUUAGUUAUAAAAAUGAUGAUUAACAUUAAUAGCAGUAGAAUUAGAUUAACAGGUAUCUUAAGAAGUCGUGGGAUGGGAAAUUUCUCUACAAAACCUCUUCCGAAGAGCAAGCUGAAGUGGAAGAGUGUUGUGGGAUUGGAGAUCCACGCUCAGAUCGAGACAAAUUCAAAGCUCUUCUCAGGAGCUCAAGUGGAAUUUGCAGCUCCUGUUAAUGCCAAUGUCUCCCUCUUCGAUGCUGCAAUUCCCGGAACUCUUCCAGUUCUCAAUGAAGCCUGCGUCCGAGCAGGACUAUCAACAGCCUUGGCUCUAUCUUGUGACAUCAAUUUGGUGUCAAUGUUCGACAGGAAGCACUAUUUCUAUGCAGAUUUACCAGCUGGCUAUCAAAUAACUCAGCAGAGAGCUCCUUUGGCUCGAAAUGGAACCCUAUCUUUCCCAGUCUUCAUCCCAGGGAUCACUAAGAAGCCCUACCAGAAAACUGUCCAUCUGCACCAACUACAACUGGAACAGGAUAGUGGAAAAUCCCUCCAUGAUGAUGCAGCUGGGAAGAGUUUAGUAGAUCUCAAUCGAGCAGGAGCACCUCUCAUGGAAUUUGUUUUUGAUCCUGAUCUCAGUGACGGAGAAGAAGCUGCAGCAUUGGUCAAAGAGCUCAUCCUAAUCCUUACACGAUUGAAAACUUGCUCUUGCAAAAUGGAAGAGGGAGCCCUUCGAGUGGACGCCAAUGUUUCUGUGCACGAGCCAGGAACUCCUUUGGGCACAAGGACGGAAAUCAAAAAUAUCGGAUCUGUCAGGGGAGUUGCAAAUGCGAUAGCUCAUGAAAUCUCCCGGCAAAUUGACAUAAUUGAAGAUGGUGGGAAGAUUCACAAUGAAACUCGAUCCUGGGAUGCCACCUCCAAGACUACAGUGGCCAUGAGAGACAAAGAAGUCCUGCAGGACUAUCGUUUUAUGCCUGAACCCAAUCUUCCUCCAUUGAGACUCAGUCAAAGUUUCAUUGAAGAUCUCCGGCAAGGACUUCCCGAACUACCCGAAGAAACCCGUGAAAAAUUAACCAGGGAUUAUUCACUGCCUCCAGAGACUGCAAUUAUUUUAGUGAAUGAUGACAUUCUUCUGAGAUUUUUCCUGGAAAUAUCCAACCAGGAUGGGAGCAUACCGCCAAAACUAAUUGCUAACAUUCUCACCAAUGAACUCCUGACCAUUUACAACAAGAACAAGGCAUCAAUAGAGGAAUGUGAAAUCCCUUCAAGAUCCCUUGGGAAUUUGAUCAAGAUGCUUCAUCAGGGUAAAGUUAAUCUUCAGAUAACUCGAUUGAUCCUCCAAGAGCUCUUUCAAAAUCCCUCUGAGUGCCCCAAUAACGUGGCAGAAUCCAAGAACUGGAAGCAAAUCUCUGAUGAAGGCGAAAUUGAGAAAAUCUGUGAGGCUACUUUGGUCGCAAAUCCUAAACUUGUAGCUGCAUACCGUGGAGGAAAAACAAAGGUAUUCUACGCGAUAGUUGGUGAAGUGGCCAAAAGCACGGAAAAUCGUGCAAAUAUAUCGAUUGUGGUGGAAAAACUCAAGAAAAUGUUGAAAUAAAUCGCAAAAUCGCCAUGCUAUGGCGCCCGUUA